CACCACCAAGACCAUCACAUCUGCAUUCACACCUACGAGCCCACAGGAGCACACGAGCAUCUCCAUUCACCCUCCUUCUCUCAUCCUCGCCUGCAAAAGUUCUUCCACCAUGCACGCUCCCCCUCCCCGCCAGUCCCUCUUUCCAGGAGCCGCUCCCAACUUCUCCCAAGGUCCCAUCAGCACCUCGCACCUCUCCUCUCUCAGCACCUCUCUCCAAUCUCUUCGGCAAAGCGUCGACGUCCUACACCACACCAAUGGUCUCCUCCAACGAUCCGUCGCCGAUGUACCUCGCCUCACCACGGUGCUCACUGCAAAGAGACACUAUGAUGUAGUGACGGAAGGAAAAGUGAUGCUGGCGAAGAAACAGCUGGAGGAGGAGGUGAGACCUCAUAUCAAUGAGCUUAUUAGGAGGGCAGAAGAGAUGGUAGGAGCGGAGGAGGCAGCGGCGAAGCGGGCUAGGAACAAGGUCUCCACCCUAACAACCCGCCUGCAACAAGCCCUCGCAUCCCAAUCCAUCAAGCUUCCACCUACAUCCUCCUCCUCUCUCGUCCCAGGCUCAACUCCUCUCACACAAGGGGAUGAAGAAGAGGUGGUGCUUCUGGAACAAGAACAGAGGCAAGCUGCUGACCUUACGCGUGUUAGGAGGAGAAGACAGCAGCUCGAGGAGGAAUUGAGAGAUUUGGAAUUGGAGGUACAGAGGACGGAGAUGGAAGUUAAGGUCGCCCAAGGGGUCAAGUAAGGGGACAACGAACACAAGAUGCCCUCUUCGCUUCUCCUGUACAGUACGUCGUGUAAUAAUAUCACAGUCACCCACUGCAACAGCAUCUUCCUCAGCAAUAUCCUCC